GACCCUAUAAUGGAAAGUGGUAUUGACAAUGGAUGGAUGGAUACUGUAUACUCAUAUAAUACACACCAAGAAAUCCAAUCAUAAUGGAGUCACUCACUUUGCUUAUUGGUGUUGUCCCCCUGCAGGCCGAGGGAGUGGUCCCGCCUGGUGUCGCCAGCCCUGCACGGUGCAGGAAGGCACCUCUUGCAAAAGGAGUGAAGACAUGGAAGGAGUUUGGGCUCUCUGUUGUGAAAGCUCAACUUGCAGACAGGACAGGGACGGGAAUAUCAUGCCUUUGAUUGGACUGGGUACAUAUGGAGAUCCCCGCACGACCCCUAAAGAGACUGCAUAUAAGUCUGUGAAACUGGCUAUAGAAACAGGAUACAGACACAUUGACGGAGCUUUGGUUUACUUUAAUGAACAUGAGGUGGGACAAGCUAUAAGGGACAAAAUAGCUGAUGGAACCGUGAAAAGACAAGAUAUAUUCUACUGUGGAAAGCUGUGGAACACGUUCCAUCCGCCACAACUGGUCCGGCCCGCUUUGGAGAGGACCUUGAAAACUUUGCAGCUGGAUUUUGUUGAUUUAUACAUUGUUGAGAUGCCCACGGCGUUUAAGCCAGGAGACACCUUCUACCCAAGAGAUGAGGAUGGGAAGUACAUUUAUCAUGAGACGGAUCUGUGUGCAACUUGGGAGGCUUUGGAAGCAUGCAAAGAUGCAGGAUUAGCAAAAUCUCUCGGAGUGUCCAACUUCAACAAGCGACAGUUGGAGUUGAUCCUCAACAAGCCUGGCCUGAAACACAAACCAGUUUCAAAUCAGGUUGAAUGCCAUCCUUAUUUCACUCAGCCAAAGUUACUGGAGUACUGCAGGAAUAACGACAUUGUCCUCGUGGGAUACAGCCCAUUAGGAACAUCGAGGGAUGAGUCCUGGGUUAAUCUAACCUGCCCGCCACUCUUGGAGGAUGAGCUGCUUGUGUCGCUGGCUAAAAAGUACAAGAAGACCCCAGCUCAGGUUGCGCUUAGGUUCAAUGUGCAGAGAGGAGUCGUGGUCAUCCCGAAGAGCUUCAGCCCUAGUCGUAUCAAGGAAAACUUCCAGAUCUUUGACUUCUGCCUGUCUGAGGAGGACAUGAAGGCCAUCGAGGGGCUGAACAAGAAUAUUCGCUUCGUGGAGCUCCUAAUGUGGUCCAAUCACCCUGAGUAUCCAUUUCAUGAUGACUACUAAACCACAAUUUAAACAAAUACGUCUGGUCCACGAGUCAAAACAUAUUUGAAAAGUGCAUAACUGAAAACUGAAACUCUUUUAUUCUAUAGAUUCACAAAGCAGAGUGAAUUAUUUCUUAUUAAUUUUAAUGCUUGCAGCAUUUUUAGGAACUCAUCGAAUUUGGAAAAUUAUCAAAAAUGUAACCAAUUUGUGCCCUUUUAAGGAAAUAAACUGCAAAAAUGUAUCCUCUGCUUUUAAUUGUUCUCUUCGUGUAAAUUAUCGGGAAUUCCUGGAUUCCAAACUUUGGCGUGACUCUCUAAAUCACAGGUGACAAACUCAAGGCCCGGGAGCCAGAUCUGGCCCGCCACAUCAUUUGGUAUGGCCCGCGAAAGCUUGGAAAUAGUAUGCGUCAAUAAAGUACUUAAUCUUUUCUAUCUAUCUUCAAAUAUCUGCACUGCAUGCAGUUGAGUUGCAUAUCUUUUUCGACCUAUAAAACAUGUUUUUUGCUAAAAUAAAAAUAGUUAAAUAUCUGCUUUACUUAUCAGAAUCAGAAUCAGAAUCAGAAUAGUUUUUAUUGCCAUUGUUUGAGAACGGGUUCACAAACUAGGAAUUUUUCUUGGUGCAAUCGUGCAACAUAAAACACAUAUAACACAGAUUAUGAUUUCAAAGCAAGUUAUCAAUCGAAUAACACUGUAAAAAUGACAAUUGAUUUUAUGUAUAUAAAAAAACAAUUGGCAUCUUAUUCAAUAUUUACUGUAAUAAAAACUGUUGGGAGUGUUUUUUCAAUUUGCAGUAAUGAACUGUAGAAACAUUGUAAACGUUAUGGUAAAAGUCUGCUCCUAGCACCCUGACAUACUGGAUUCACAGUGAGAACAUGUGGUUGUCAGACUUGAACUUGAACUUUUGACCAUAUACACUACCGUUCAAAAGUUUGGGGUCACCCAAACAAUUUUGUGGAAUAGCCUUCAUUUCUAAGAACGAGAAUAGACUGUCGAGUUUCAGAUGAAAGUUCUCUUUUUCUGGCCAUUUUGAGCGUUUAAUUAACCCCACAAAUGUGAUGCUCCAGAAACUCAAUCUGCUCAAAGGAAGGUCAGUUUUGUAGCUUCUGUAACGAGCUAAAGUGUUUUCAGAUGUGUGACCAUGAUUGCACAAGGGUUUUGUAAUCAUCAAUUAGCCUUCUGAGCCAAUGAGCAAACACAUUGUACCAUUAGAACACUGGAGUGAUAGUUGCUGGAAAUGGGCCUCUAUACACCUAUGUAGAUAGUGCACCAAAAACCAGACAUUUGCAGCUAGAAUAGUCAAUUACCACAUUAGCAAUGUAUAGAGUGUAUUUCUUUAAAGUUAAGACUAGUUUAAAGUUAUCUUCAUUGAAAAGUACAGUGCUUUUCCUUCAAAAAUAAGGACAUUUCAAUGUGACCCCAAACUUUUGAACGGUAGUGUAUGUGUGGCAGAGUAUUUAUGGUAAAGUCGUCUUGGCUCCGAGAGGUGUGUGUUACUUGGCUAUGUGUUUGCCCUAUGUGCAGCUUCAGCUAUUUGCACUAUUCUCGGUAAACAUAUUUAGAUAGAAAUCCCUCCAAUCAAUGUAAACAUGUAAACAAUAAUGAAAUGCAUAGGCAAUUGUGUAAGAAUAUAAUUAGGACCAAUUCUUUCACAUUCAUAUAUUUAAAAAUGAUUCACUGAUACAAGCGGCCCUAUGGGUGCAGCCAUUACUACAAUGUGGCCCUCAAUGAAAAACAGUUUGACGCACCUGUUUGAAUUCAUUGAGAUGCACCUAUGUACUCAUAAUAUUGUAUCCCUUUUUUAUUUUGUUUUUUAUAGUGUGACUACAUAUUUGGUGUGUCACUGCUACCUUAUAUGCUUGUUUAAUGUCCACCCUUGCAUAUAUACCUGUAUAUGGCCAAAAGUUUAGACACACUUUUUCAUUUCAAUGCAUUUUCUUUAUUUUCAUGACUAUUUACAUUAAAGAUUGUCACUAAAGGCAUCAAAACUAUGACACCUGUGAAGUGAAAACCCGUUCAGGUGACUACCUCUUGAAGCUAAUCGAGAGAAUGCCAAGAAUGUGCAAAACCGUAAUCAGAGCCAAGUUUGGCUAUUUUGAAGAAAGUAGAAUAUAAAACAUGUUUUCAGUGAUUUCACCUUUUUUUUUUGUUAAGUACAUAACUCCACAUGUGUUCAUUCAUAGUUUUGAUGACUUCAGUGACAAUCUACAAUGUAAAUAGUCAUGAAAAUAAAGAAAACCAUUGAAUGAGAAGGUGUGUCCAAACGUUUGGCC